AUGAGCACAACCCAACAAUAUCCCUGGCCGAAUGGUAAACGCGCCUGCAUCACCUUGACAAUGGACAACAUGGGCGAGGCCGCCGAUUUGAACCGUGGUCUUUGGCCCAAGGACAAGGCAGUAGGCUCGCACUUUUCAGUGACCGAGAAGCUGCCGUUGAUGCUCGACUUGCUCGACAAAUAUCACAUCCCAGCCACUUAUUUUGUCGAAGGCUGGAACUGUCCUGUCUAUACCGACACAAUCCAACAUGUCCAGAAACGAGGCCAUGAGAUUGGUUUCCACGCCUACCAGCACGAGGUCUGGAAGAAUCUUGAUGCCGAGACAGAGGUGGGGAACUUGAAUAAGAGUGUCGAGGGUGCGGAGGCCAUUGGUGUGCAUUACAAGGGGUUCAGACCGCCGGGUGGAUUGGUCACCGAUCGUACAUUGGGGUUGAUGAAACAAAAGGGAAUGAACUACCUUUCGCCAGCGGCCGAGCGUCCAGCUUUAGUGGAUGGUAUUGCGAUGGUACCCUUCCAGUGGGAAAGCAUUGAUGCAUACUUCUAUAUGGCUUCGACAGCUGCGCUGAGAAAAGGCAAAGGCGACAUCGAGGAGCCGUUAUCCCCGCAAGUCUUGAAGGACCGUCUGUUCAAGAGGAUAGAUGAGGUCGUGAAAGAAGGAGGACACUUAGCUUUGCUGUUCCACCCUUUCCUUCAAACCGAGAAUGAGAAGCUGAAGGUUAUGGAAGAAGUCCUCGAGCACAUUGCAAGCAAGAAGGACGACGCUUGGGUGACUCAGUGCAAGGAUGUUGCAGAUUGGAUCCACAAGAAUCCCGAGGCAUUUGGCAAUGAUCCCGGCUGGGACAAGGCAGAAUGGAAAAAGAACUAA